UCUAUGCUAGUGCUUGGUGUCGCCCUCGUUGUCGCGCGGGCCUCUGACAUUAACAAGGUUGUGUUCCAGUUCCCUGAGUACGAUUUCAAGGAAACCAGCAAAAAUGAACUCACUUUUCGCGAAUAUGAGUCUGCCUGCGAUCAAAGCAAUCGAUGCACGAUACUAGACGGAAUCGAAAGAACGCGAUGCGUUCGGGAAUGCAUCUCGCCGUCCUGCUAUCAGGAGAUUUAUAAGUUUGACGAGCUCGAAGAAGGCGAAAUCGAUGUACGACUGAAUUCCUUCCGUGCUUGCUUCAUGCAACGACUGAACCGCAACCGAGGUUAAGCCAAGCUCGAGCCACAUCGUCGCAAAUGGCGACACACCAUACAAAACCUCAUGCGGUGCGAUAUUACUAGAGCAGUAUUCGGGAUUUCC